AUGCCUUCCUCGAGCUUCUUGGGCUCCAGCUCCAGCCCUCCUUUCUCUGUUCCCGGCCAGAAUGUUGCUGGCAAUGUCAAUCUCUCCCUUGGUGUGACCGGUCCGGGUCCCACGAGCGUCGUCGGCCUUCCUCCUCAUCAGCUGGCCCUUGAUCCUGAGGCUGCCACCCUGGACGCCAUCCUCAGAAGCCUCAGCGACCCCAAGAAUGUCUACUUCACCAGCAAAGAAGGUCAUCCCCUUUCUCGCUAUGUCAAGUUCGAGCCUUUGGCCGGCACUCAGUCCGAUCCCCUCAAGUUCAAGGCAAGUUUCCUGCUCCUGCUUUACUCACUCACCUCAUUUCAUCUCACUACGAGUUCCAUCUUCGACCAGGCCAAGAACAUUGGCAGGGUUGGUCCGAAAACCCUUGUCUUCGAGUUUGACAUGCUGUCCCAGGCUCAGGCUGCUAUCAAUGCCAACCAUGAGCUUGAAUGUGAGGGCCACCUGCAGUUCCUCAAGGUCACGGACUAUGCCCACCUCCUGGGAAACCGCCACCCCGACAUGCCGUGCUUCAACAAGUACGAGGGCCAGGUCCUCGUCAACAUCACUCAAGCCCGUGAGAAGUUCGGUGACCGCAAGCCGGCCUUUCUGGCCAUGUUGGCCUGGAUGGAUCAGGUCCUUGGCAGUGAGGCGCAGCGCGCCGUGGUUUGCCUGGGUGCGACCGCCAACGCCGUUGGAUACGGCUAUCAGUUCCGUAUGGAGCUGGACUCGCUUGCUUUCACGGAAUACCUCUUGAAGCAGUGGUCCGUGUGCCGUGAGGUCAAGGGGUCCGUGUACUUCGCUCAGGUCGAGCGUUUCCAGCCCACGGGCUAUGAGCCCACCGUUGCGAUUCCGGUCCUGCAGCGUGGAGCUUCCAUCCUUCCGCGUGGAGGUCACAGCGGUCCCGUGCAGAUCUACCAGUUGGGCGGACCUGUCCAGCCGUUCCGCGAGCGUGCUUACUCUGCAGCGCGCCGUACUUCCUUCGGCUCUGGCCGUCGCGACGACCAGAACAACGCGAUUGACGUAGAAAAGAUCAGGCGUGGCCUGGAUGUGCGUACCACUGUGAUGCUGCGCAACAUCCCCAACCAGAUGACUACAUACGAUCUGGAAGCUCUGCUGGACAGCUGGGUUCAUGGAAAGUUCGACUUUCUCUACCUUCGCAUUGACUUUGCCAACAUGUGCAACGUUGGCUACGCCUUUGUCAAUUUCGACAUGCCUAUGACCAUUGUCGAUGUCAAAAGCAAGCUUGACGCUCAGGGCUGGCCUGGACAUCUGGGUUCGAGCAAGAGGGCUGCCAUGUCAUACGCGACUGUCCAGGGCGUGGAAUCGCUCAUCGAGAAGUUCCGCAACUCCUCGGUGAUGUGUGAGUCACCGAACUGCCGCCCGAGGUUGUUCUACACGUUCCAGGACUUCCCUGAUCCGUUGCUGCUGCCGUUGGUGGGCGCGGAGAAGGAGUUCCCUGGCCCCAACAAUGAGGCCAAGCUGGCGCGCAGCCGCCAGAACGCCGAGACGCAGGGCCUUUACCCUGCCCACUCUCGCGAGGAGUACCGUCGUGACUCGUUCCACAGCCAGUUUGACCGUGGCAACCCCAACGGUAUCUACGGCAUGGCUCGUGUCAGCUAUUACUAA